AAACCCGAUCGCCCGGACAUAUCGGAGCCCGAUUAUGAUCGGCUCUAGAAUUUUUAGAAACAAGUAAAAGUUGCCCGCAUCACAGCAUACGCGAACACAAAUGGAAUCAAAGUCAUCAACCCUCGCACCGCUUCCGGAGGAUAAUCAAGAUCAACCGCAAUCCGAUCAUGCUGCACCGUCUGCUUUCUCCUCAAAACCCAUUCGUCCUCCCACUCAGACAUCUUCACAGAAAUACUCCCCAAUAGAUUGGAAAGACUAUUUUGAUCAAGAGGAUGAUGUUUGCAUCCCUGACACAAAUGAUGUCUUUCACAUAUAUACUGCAGGAAAGGAAGGCCCAAUUGUAUUUUGUCUACAUGGGGGUGGUUAUUCUGGGCUGUCAUUUGCAAUAUCAGCAGGUAUAAUUAAGGAGAAAGCAAAGGUAGUAGCAAUGGACCUGAGAGGACAUGGGAAAUCAUCCACAGAAAAUGAAAUAGACAUGUCAAUUGAGACUCUAUGUAAUGAUGUUCAAGCUGUUGUGAAGAAAAUGUAUGGAGAUGCUCCACCAGCAAUCGUGCUUAUUGGCCACAGCAUGGGUGGCUCAGUUGCAGUGCAUGUGGCUGCAAAGAAAAUGUUGCCUAGUCUAGCUGGACUUGUGGUUGUAGAUGUUGUUGAGGGGACAGCUAUGGCUUCAUUGAUGCAUAUGCAGAAAAUUCUAUCAAACAGAGUGCAACAUUUUCCAACUCUUGAGAAAGCAAUUGAGUGGAAUGUGAGAUCAGGCUCUUUAAGAAACACCGAUUCUGCUCGAAUAUCGAUUCCCGGGACUGUAAAGUAUGAUGACUCACAGCAGUGCUAUCGACACAGAGCACGAUUGGAGGAAACAGAGCAAUAUUGGAGAGGAUGGUAUGAAGGCCUCUCGGAAAAAUUUCUGUCAUCUCCUGUCCCAAAGCUGUUGCUGUUGGCUGGAACAGAUAGACUUGACAGGGCUCUUACAAUAGGACAAAUGCAGGGAAAGUUUCAAAUGGUGGUUGUCCGACAUACUGGCCAUGCAAUACAGGAAGAUGUUCCAGAUGAAUUUGCAUCACUCAUACUUAAUUUUAUCUCACGCAAUCGGAUAGGACCUCAUGGAGUUGAGAUUCCUGGAAUCCGCCGCCCAUCGCAACCACAUGCUUGAAAAAAAGUAAAAAAUUUGUAAUGGUUUGUGAACACGAGAGUAUACUCCUUUGUGAAACUAAUCUCACAAAAUUGUUUGUGGUUUUAUUAUAUAUUUUCAAUUUUGUGCUA